UUGACUAGCUCGCACCGGAGUCACAACAACAGACAACCAACAGCGGUCUCCGGGCGUGCGAGUGGAGAGUGUCACCUGGUAGCACGUCGGGAGCUGGCUGCCUGUACAGAGCGUCCGGGGGACAGAGCCGCAGGAGCGGACAUUCCGAGGCCAGGUAUUGGGGCUGCAGGUUGUACGUGCCGCCCCCCGGGAAGUCACCGUGUUCGCUUCAGACUGGACCCGCCGAGUCACGUAAACCGGUAACAUUCACGUCACUGAGCAGCUACUGAUGGACCGACCGCUGGUUGCUAAAGACCCCUAACCUUAUCCGGACGGACUACAAGCUAACAGGCUAACACAUCCAGCAGCAAGUUGGUAGCAUGGAGCGGCUAGCGGUCAGCAUGCUAUCCUCCCGGUGAAUACAAACAGCCUCCAUUAGCCGCUAGCUGCUAGCUAGUGAGCUAACUGCUAGCUGUGUCACAUCUGGCGUGGAGGAUGGUGGCGCUGACAGCGGCUGAGCCCGCUAGAUGUUCUGAGGCUCUCCCUUUCGCCUGCCCUGCUGGACCUUCUCAGCCGCACGCAGCUUUAAUGUAAACCGGCCAAGUGCUGCGCGUCGGUCCCGCUGCAGCAGCCAUGCAGGCGGCCCAGCUGCAGUACGACUUCUUCAGCGAGGACAACGCUCCUAAAUGGAGAGGCCUGCUCGUACCCUCACUGGACAAGGUACUGAAGCAGGUGCAUCCUAACCUGGUAUCCCAGCAGGAGGCGCUGCAGUACAUCGAACAGCUGAUACUGCUGCUGCUCAGCAUGUUGUGUCAGGCUCAACCUCGAAGUGUGCAGGAUGUGGAGGAGCGGGUCCAGAAGAGUUUCCCGCACCCGAUCGACAAGUGGGCCAUUGCUGAUGCUCAGGCCGCCAUUGAAAAGAGGAAGAGGAGGAACCCACUGGCUCUGCCUGUCGACAAGAUCCACCCUCUGCUCAAGGAGGUGCUGGGCUACAAGAUCGAUCACCAGGUGUCAGUCUACAUGGUGGCCGUGCUGGAGUACAUCUCAGCUGACAUCCUCAAGCUGGCUGGGAACUACGUCAGGAACAUUCGACACUAUGAGAUCUCACAGCAGGACAUCACUGUGGCCAUGUGCGCCGACAAGGUGUUGAUGGACAUGUUCCACCAGGACGAGGAGGACAUCAGCGGCUUCCCGCUGACGGACGAGGAGCCGUCAGCCAACGAGGAGCAGAGCUACUACGAGCUGGUGAGAAACUUCAUGGCCGACGGACGGCACUUCCUGAGGCAGCUCGACCUCCUUAUCAAGGUCUUCAGGGAGCGCUUCAAUGCCAACGCCAUGCUCUUCUCGCAGCAUGAUGUGGACAGCAUCUUCAGCCGCGUGCUCGACGUGCAUGAGGUGACGGUCAAGAUGCUUGGCCUCAUCGAGGACACGGUGGAGAUGACGGACGAUGGCAGUCCUCACCCGCUGGUGGGCAGCUGCUUUGAGGACCUGGCCGAGGAGUUGGCCUUUGACCCUUACGAGACGUACGCUCAGGACAUCCUGCGCUCCGGCUUCCACGAACACUUCCUGAGUCAGGUCACCAAGCCGGGAGCUGCCUUCCACCUUCAGUCCAUCUGUCAAGGCUUCAAGGAGGCUGUCCAAUACGUCUUACCUCGACUGCUACUCACACCCGUUUAUUACUGUCUGCACCUCUUUGACAUCAUCAAGCAACUGGAGGAGAAAAGCGAGGAUGAGGAGGAUAAGGAGUGUCUGAAGCAGGCCAUCACCGCUCUGCUCAACCUGCAGAGCAGCAUGGAGAGGAUCUGCUCCCGCAGUCUGGCCAAGAGGAGGCUCAGCGAGUCGGCGUGCCGCUUCUACAGCCAUCAGAUGAAGGGCAAACACUUGGCCAUCAAGAAGAUGAACGAGAUUCAGAAGAACAUUGACGGCUGGGAGGGGAAGGACAUAGGCCAGUGCUGCAACGAGUUCAUCAUGGAGGGCACGCUGACCCGUGUGGGCGCCAAACACGAGCGGCACAUAUUCCUGUUUGAUGGCCUGAUGAUCUGCUGCAAGACCAACCAUGGGCCGCCACGUCUGCCUGGCGCCGGAUCCGCUGCUGAAUAUCGUCUAAAGGAAAAGUUCUUUAUGCGCAAAGUCCAGAUCAACGACAAGGACGACAAGGAGGGCGAGUACCGCCACGCCUUUGAGAUCAUCCUCAAGGACGGAAACAGUGUGGUGUUUGCUGCCAAGUCAGCCGAGGAGAAGAACGGCUGGAUGGCGGCGCUCAUCUCACUGCAGUACCGCAGCACACUAGAGCGCAUGCUGGACACAGCCGCGCUCCAAGAGGACAAGGACGAGCAUGUCAAGCUUCCUGGGCCGGACGUGUAUCGCUUUGCUCAGCCUGACUGUGAGGAGAAUGUCGUCUUCGAAGACAACGUCCAGUCCAAGUCUGGGAUCCCCGUGGUCAAGGCCGGCACCGUCCUGAAACUCAUUGAGAGGCUCACCUUCCACAUGUACGCAGAUCCAAACUUUGUCCGAACAUUUCUGACCACCUACAGAUCUUUCUGUAAACCACAGGAGCUGCUGGACCUGCUCAUCGAGAGGUUUGAGAUCCCGGAGCCCAGGCCCAACGAGGUGGAUCACUUGGAAGGAGGAGAGCAGCCCCUCAGUGCCGAACUCAAACGCUUCCGCAAAGAAUUUGUACAGCCGGUCCAGCUCAGAGUUCUCAACGUGUGCCGUCACUGGGUGGAACAUCACUUCUACGACUUUGAAAGAGACACUCGCCUGCUUCGACGACUGGAGGAGUUCAUUGCUUCAGUCAGAGGUAAGGCGAUGAGGAAGUGGGUGGAGUCGAUCACAAAGAUCAUCCAGAGGAAGAAGCAGGUCCAGGUGAGCGGGCCGAGUCAUAGCAUCACCUUCCAGAACUCUCCUCCCCCCAUCGAGUGGCACAUAUGCAAGCCAGGAAACGUGGAUCAGUUUGACCUCAUGACCCUUCACCCCAUCGAGAUCGCCCGGCAGCUCACUCUGCUCGAGUCCGAUUUCUACAGAGCGGUGCAGCCAUCAGAGCUGGUGGGCAGUGUGUGGACCAAAGAGGACAAAGAGAUCCACUCUCCAAACCUGCUCAGGAUGAUCCGACACACCACCAACCUGACCUUGUGGUUUGAAAAGUGCAUUGUGGAGACAGAGAACCUGGAGGAACGUGUGGCGGUCGUGUCCCGGAUCAUCGAGAUCCUUCAGGUCUUCCAGGAACUCAACAACUUCAAUGGAGUCCUGGAGGUGGUCAGCGCCAUGAACUCCUCCCCCGUCUACAGGCUGGACCACACCUUUGAGCAAAUUCCAAGUCGGCAGAGGAAAAUUUUGGAGGAGGCCCAUGAGCUGAGUGAAGACCACUACAAGAAGUACUUGGCCAAACUACGCUCCAUCAACCCCCCCUGUGUCCCCUUCUUUGGCAUCUACCUGACCAACAUCCUGAAGACGGAGGAAGGAAACCCCGAUUUCCUGCACAGACACGGGAAAGACCUGAUCAACUUCAGCAAGAGAAGGAAAGUGGCUGAGAUCACAGGAGAAAUCCAGCAGUACCAGAACCAGCCGUACUGCCUCAGAGUGGAGAGUGACAUCAGGAAGUUCUUUGAGAACCUCAAUCCGAUGGAGGACAUGUGCGAGAAGGACUUCACUGACCAUCUCUUCAACAACUCUCUCCUCAUCGAGCCUCGCAACGCUCGCUCGUUACCGCGCUUUGCCAAGAAGUACACGUGCCCUCUCAAGUCGCCGGGCAUUCGUCCCACCUCGGCAAGGCCCAGCACUAUGCGUCACCCGACGCCGCUGCAGAACGAGCCCAGGAAGAUUAGCUACAGCCGCAUCCCGGACAGCGAGGCAGACGGCGGGGCUGUCUCCGCCCCCAACUCCCCAUGCACACCGCUGACUCCGCCCCCUGCCUCAGCAGCUUCUAGCUCCACCGACGUAGGCAGUGUGUUCGACUCGCCGCAGGGUCCCAGCAGCCCCUUCCACUCCACUGGCGACGCCAUCUUUGGCCUGGUCUCACUGCCUCACGGCCCACGGUCGUCCUCGGUCUCAUCCAUGGUGAGUUUCAGUCGUGUUACUGAAGACGUUCCCGUUCCUCCGCCGGUUCCCCCCAGAAGACGACCAGAGUCCGCUCCUGCAGAAUCAUCUCCGUCCAAGGUUCUGGUGGUUCUGAGGUGUGGCAGGUGUUCAAAGUGCAGUCAGUCAACCUUGUCUUGUGUGUGUUCUCCUCAGAUGACAUCAAAGUUGGACAGCCCCCCUGCCGUCCCGCCUCGUCAGCCCACCUGUAAGCUCCUCCCCCCUCGCUACUCGUCCCUGUCGUCCUCGUCUCCGCCCAACAGCCCCCCCUUGCUGCCCCCGCGAGAGCCGCUGAACUCCCCCCUGCACCUCCUUCCUCCCCCGCAGGGGCGUCCCCGCUGCGAGCUGCUGAGUCAGGCCUUCUUCCCUUCCACUUCCUCCCUUAGCUCGGCCCCCACCGCAUGUUCUUCACCCCCUCCUUCCAUCAACCUAUCCCCCGCCUCCAGGAAGAUGCCCCUCCCGUCUCCGCCCCUCCCUCUCCUUCCGCUGGAUGGGCCCCCUGUGCCCCCUCGCCACGGUGUCCCCAAGCUGCCCCCCAAGACCUACAAGAGGGAGUCUCUGAGCCACACCCCCCUGCUGGACAGCCCCCCCGCACUGUGAGGGAGCGGGGCUAGACCAGCUAACACUACAGCCGCUCGGGUUAGGCCUUCCGAUGCGGACUGACAAACGUCACGUGCUCUUAUUUUGAAACACGGUGGUGUGGAGCCUUCAGGUACCAGAAGCAGCAGAACCAAAGAGGUACUCUGUUAGACUGAUGUUGGUUCUGUUGGUGAAUGGCCUUCUUUGACACAAGGGAAUAAACUUGAUCCGUCUCACUGAGGAGGGACUCGCUGGUGCUUGUGCUCCACUUUGCAUUCCCACUGGCACAAACAUGAACAUGAUUGUGUUCACACCUGUUUAGAACCCAUUUAGAACCGCUUUACCGUGUUUCACCGUGUAGCGCUACAUAGUCACAUCAUCAUUGGCUCUUAACGAGGUGCCUUGAAACCAACCAACCCUCUCAUUUGUCACUUCAGUCUCUUCAACCUGGACUGUUGCCAUAGACUGUUGCCAUGUGACAACACUGCAAAUAUCCCUUUCAAAAUAAAAGGUUGUGUUGCCAUAAAA